ACCAUCUUGCCUGCAUAUAUAUUCUCAAAUAGCCUGAACCUCAUUUACAUCUGCACCGAUACCUCAUUGUACAUACGUGGACAUGAGGCUAUACUCGCUAACCCUCUGUCUUCUACCUCUACUCACUCAAUCUGCCUCAGUCGACCAACUCGUUCUCUCUGGUCAGAACAUGCCUGAAACCGCUGAAACACCCAUUGCCAAGAGCACACUCUCAGACUUGCUCACCAUCGAACACUCCGCAUCUAUCUUCUUUUCCUAUGCUCGUGAGACUCAGCUCAGCCAGCUGUUCCAAGACAAAGAUGCCGGUACUACUCUGCUCGUACCUACCAACAAGGCCGUGAUGGCGCUCGCUCGGAAGCCCCAUCAAGGUCCUGCACCUCUCGAGGACAAGAUUGAGAUCUCGGAGCAGGAGUUUGACACUCGUUCGAAAGAGAACGUUCAGAGAUGGGUCUCUCUUCACAUCAUCCCGCAAUCGCCCAUACCCCUCAUCUCGCAUACGUAUCCCACCCUUGUUGAUGGGAAGAAUGUGACCUUCGCCGAGAUCGACGGUGAGGCCUCUUCUCCAGAGUGGUCAAGAGUUCUAGUGAAUGGCGAAUCUCGUAUCAUUCAAGAGAAACAGGCUGUGAAUGGAGUCUUCUACCUCAUUGAUGGGACCAUUAAGGACGAGUAGGCUUCUUUGCGGACCUACGUCGGUCCCGUUGUGUUUUGCGCAUGGCUCGAUAUAUCACUGUGUACGAUUAAUUACUGGAUUCGCUGUACGCAACAUUUUCUUCCUUUCGUUCUCUCGUUAUGUUUGUAUCUUUCCGAUCUAUCCUCGGCGUCUGUUGCUAUUCAGGUGGUUCGCGUUGGCAGUCACGUACAUCUUACUCUUUCAAAUUGGCGAACACUAUUCCCAAGCACUGUAUCGAAGCUAUGAGUUCGCAUCAUAUAACCC